CGCCGCCUAGCUGAGCGCUCUGGGCCGGGUCUCGGGACCCGCCGCCGCGUCCCUGCCCCGGAGCCCCGCCCGGCGUCGCCGUUGGCGGGGGACGGCCCAGAAGGAGGCGGCGCUGGCCCUCGGGGGAUGGGGCCGGGCGGAAGGCGAGACCUCCCCCUCGGGGAGAAUUGGAAAAUAGAGGGAAAGUGGAGGAAACACCCACAGUUGCACCACUUGAACAUAAUUGUCCACGUGUGUUCGUUCAUUCCCUUCAGGUAUGUUUUCAUAGGAUGUGCUUGAAAACAUGGAUGUUUUAAACAAAGAAGCACUGGAACCCACACAUUGAGCAGAGAACCAUUGAAAGUUUGUUUUUCCAUUCAAGUUUAAAUUAUAAGACCUAAUUAUGAGUGAUCAAAUCAAAUUCAUUGUGGAUAAUCUCAACAAGGAGCCUUUUAGGAAAAACUAUAAUUUAAUCACGUUUGAUUCCCUGGAGCCAAUGCAACUAUUACAAAUUCUCAAUGAUGUUCUGGCUGAGAUUGACCCAAAGCAAGUUGUUGAUAUCAGAGAGGAGAUGCCAGAGCAGACAGCCAAAAGGAUGUUGAGCCUUCUUGGUAUCCUUAAAUACAAACCUCCAGGAAAUGCCACGGACAUGAGUACCUUUCGUCAGGGUCUGGUGAUUGGAAGUAAACCUGUAAUUUACCCAGUGCUUCACUGGCUUCUUCAGAGAACUAAUGAACUGAAGAAAAGAGCAUAUUUAGCUCGUUUUUUAAUAAAACUUGAGGUACCAAGUGAGUUUCUCCAGGAUGAAACCGUGGCUGAUACCAAUAAACAGUAUGAAGAUUUGAUGGAAGCCUUUAAAACUUUGCAUAAAGAAUGUGAGCAGCUCAAGACAUCUGGAUUUUCUACAGCAGAAAUAAGAAGGGAUAUCAGUGCAAUGGAGGAAGAAAAGGAUCAGCUCAUUAAGAGAGUUGAACGUUUGAAGAAAAGGGUGGAGACAGUUCAGAAUCAUCAACGGAUGCUUAAAAUAGCAAGGCAACUUCGAGUUGAGAAAGAGAGAGAAGAAUUUCUUGCACAACAGAAACAGGAACAAAAGAAUCAGCUAUUUCAUGCAGUGCAGAGACUACAAAGAAUACAAAACCAGCUGAAAAGUAUGCGCUAUGCAGCAGCAGAUGCAAAGCCUGAAAGUUUAAUGAAGAGGCUAGAGGAGGAGAUAAAGUUUAAUUCAUAUAUGGUAACUGAAAAAUUUCCUAAAGAAUUAGAGAACAAGAAAAAAGAAUUGCAUUUUUUACAAAAAGUGGUUUCAGAGCCUGCUAUGGGUCAUUCUGAUCUUCUUGAACUUGAAUCUAAAAUAAAUGAAAUAAACACACAGAUCAAUCAGCUGAUUGAAAAGAAAAUGAUGAGAAAUGAGCCAAUUGAAGGCAAAUUGUCACUCUAUAGGCAACAGGCAUCCAUCAUUUCUCGUAAAAAAGAAGCCAAAGCUGAGGAACUUCAGGAAGCAAAGGAGAAAUUAGCCAACCUAGAGAGAGAAGUGUCAGUGAAGACAAAUCAGACCCGUGAAUUUGAUGGGACUGAAGUUUUGAAGGGAGAUGAGUUUAAACGAUAUGUCAGUAAACUUCGAAGCAAGAGUACAGUUUUCAAAAAGAAGCAUCAGAUAAUAGCUGAAUUUAAAGCUGAAUUUGGUCUCUUGCAGAGGACAGAAGAACUUCUUAAGCAACGUCAUGAAAAUAUCCAACAUCAACUGCAAACUAUUGAGGAGAAAAAGGGUAUAUCUGGAUACAGUUACACCCAAGAGGAGCUAGAAAGAGUAUCCGCCCUGAAGAGUGAAGUCGAUGAAAUGAAAGGACGAACACUGGAUGACAUGUCUGAAAUGGUAAAAAAACUAAAUUCUUUGGUAUCUGAAAAGAAAUCAGCUCUAGCUCCAGUUAUAAAAGAACUACGACAAUUGCGUCAGAAAUGUCAAGAAUUAACCCAGGAGUGUGAUGAAAAGAAAUCCCAGUAUGAUAGCUGUGCAGCAGGCCUUGAAAGUAAUCGGUCCAAGUUAGAACAGGAAGUCAGAGGACUUCGUGAAGAAUGUCUUCAAGAAGAAAGCAGUUACCAUUAUAUAAAUUGCAUGAUUAAGAAUCUAGAAGUACAACUUCAUCGUGCUACUGAUGAAAUGAAGGCAUAUGUCUCUUCUGAUCAACAAGAAAAAAGAAAGGCAAUUAGGGAACAGUAUACCAAAAAUAUUGCUGAACAGGAAAAUCUUGGAAAGAAACUCCGGGAAAAACAAAAAGCUGUACGAGAAAGUCAUGGUCCAAAUAUGAAACAAGCGAAAAUGUGGCGUGAUUUUGAACAAUUGAUGGAAUGUAAGAAACAGUGCUUUCUGAAACAACAAAGCCAAACUUCCAUUGGUCAGGUAAUUCAGGAGGGAGGAGAGGACCGGCUGAUACUCUGAGUUCCUGUGUCAUUGUUUGGGGUUUUAGUUGAUACUGCUAGGUAUAAGCAUAAUCCCAUGGUUUAUUUCUUUUCUUGAAAGUGAUUUGUAUAACAUUUUGCUUUCAGAUUAGCCAUUCCAUAUUAAGUUUUCUUGGAAGAUAAUGUUAAGGUAGAUUUAGGUUUUAAAAGAUUUUUUGUAUGAAAAAGAGGCUUUUAUUAUUUUGCUUAGUUUAGACAUCAGUGGUGUCUUCUGAGUUUUAUGAGACAGGAGACUGAGUUUACUAUCCGUAAAUGUAAACAUAUGUCCAUUAAGAAACAUGUAGGUUUUUUUUAAGGUAAUAACCCAGUGGCUUAAUGUUUUUCUUAAUCUUUUUUUAACUUUAGAGGAAUCUUUUAGGAACUAAUAUCUCUUGUUUUGAAGAAACAUUUAUCUGAAGUUCAGCAAUUCCUACAGUUUCACUUCACUUUCUUUUUCUUCUGUAAAAUUCAAGAAAAUUUAAUAUUUUGAAUAACAUCUUUGUUCUAUUUGUAUUGUUUAAAGGCAAAUAAAACUUGGUGCAUAUAUCAUGGCUAUUUAUUUAAAGUU